AUAUUUAGGGAGUGGACCUGAAGAGCAGGUGCUGAUGACGGUUCGCUGUUUCUCCAUUGCCCCUCCUCCAUCAGGCAUUUGUACCUGCUCCACUCCUCACCCAUUCAGCAGACUUGUCUGACCGGCAGAAAACUCGACUUCAUCGCAAGGAAGAAACAAAUAUUCAACAGCCUGUAUCACUCCACAGUGAGAACGUCGAUACGCACUCAGAGCUUUAUCAGCAACCUCUGAAAAGAGAAAGGACUUUAAUUUGAAGCAGCUUGAAGAACAAAUCUGACCAAAAUGGUGUCUGCUGGCUUCCAAAUGCUGGGUGCAGCCUUGGGGAUCAUUGGCUGGAUUGGAGUCAUCGUUGUGUGCGCUGUUCCCAUGUGGAGGGUCACUGCUUUUAUUGGCAGCAACAUUGUCACCUCACAGGUCAUCUGGGAAGGUAUCUGGAUGAGCUGUGUGGUCCAGAGCACAGGCCAGAUGCAAUGCAAGGUCUACGACUCCAUGCUCGCCCUCACCGGAGACCUCCAGGGUGCUCGGGCCCUGACUAUCAUUUCCAUUGUGGUAGGCGUCAUGGCUAUUCUGCUUGCUGUAGCUGGAGGAAGAUGCACCAACUGUGUGGAGGAUCAACAGCAAAAAGAUAAAGUUUGGGUGUGGCAAGAAUAA